CUUGGACCGUCCCACAGCUUCCUUGCUUCAAGUCCAUGUCCUUGUUCCCGCUGUGUUAUGCAGAUGUCACUGCUGCCCUCUUUUAAGACCAUGAUUUUUUGGGGUAUGAAAUGGAGUCUCUCUCAUGUCUUGGAGAGUUCAUGAGUCAAAUACCGAGGUUCUGGCUUUACCCUCGGUCAACUGUCAUUCAUGAUUGUGUUGCUGCGGAGCUCAGUGCAGUUCCGGCUUGCUGCGGGGGAUCUUCAGCCCCGCCAGUGGCACCAGUGCUGCCAGCACCAGGGAUAAUGGUCCUUAUGGACCUUUCCAUCGACCACACAUUGUGGAAGUUGCCUUGUUUGCAUUUCUCGACAAAUCGAAUCCCUCAGUUGUUUAAUUCUCAAAAUGAGCCGCAUACUUGGCGUCCCCCGUGCUCUCCUGCAGCUCCGCGGAACGGGCCGGCGUUUCGGACCCGGCCCGGGAGCCUUCCGAACGCUCUCCGGCUCGGCAGCUUCGGGAGACGUCACUCUUCCACUCGAGGGAUAUCGUGUGUUGGAUAUGACCAGAGUUCUCGCCGGUCCCUACUGUACACAAAUCCUGGGUGACCUCGGAGCAGAAGUAAUCAAAAUUGAGCAUCCGGUCAGAGGCGAUGACACCAGGGCUUGGGGACCUCCAUAUGCAAGCUACAAGUCUGGCUCAGCUCUUGAAGGGCCUGGGGAGUCUGCCUACUUUCUCGGGGUUAACCGCAACAAGAAGUCCCUGGCCCUGUCAUUUCAAGACCCAGCCGGGAUCGAAAUCCUUCAUAAGCUAGCUGCCAAGUGUGAUAUUCUCGUCGAGAAUUACAUACCAGGAGCGCUCAAGAAGUAUGGACUGGACUUUGAAACCAUCCACAAGAUCAACCCAGCUCUUAUCUAUGCCUCCAUCACAGGAUAUGGCCAAAACGGGCCUUACUCCAAGCGUGCCGGCUACGAUGUGAUGGUAGAAGCCGAAUUUGGUCUGAUGCAUAUCACUGGCGCCAGAGACGGCCCUCCAGUCAAGGUUGGUGUUGCAGUAACAGACCUGACGACAGGCCUGUACACAAGCAACAGCAUUAUGGCUGCACUGCUCGCCCGAGCCAAAACUGGAAAAGGCCAGCAUAUUGACGCUGCACUGAGUGACUGUCAGACUGCAACUUUGGCAAAUAUUGCCAGCAGCAGCUUAAUCAGUGGGGAGAAGGAUACCGGCCGAUGGGGCACAGCUCAUCCCUCUAUUGUCCCUUACAAGUCUUUUGAGACAAAAGAUGGUGAUAUCCUCUUUGGUGGGGGAAAUGAUCGUUUGUUCGGAAUUCUUUGCGAUGGCCUUGGUCGUCCAGAGUGGAAGGAAGAUGAAAGGUAUAAGAUCAAUGCUUCCAGGGUAGCACACCGGAAUGAGCUAGAAGCCGAGAUUGAGAAAAUCACGGUAACAAAAACAACACAGGAGUGGCUUGAUAUCUUUGAGGGCAAGGGCAUGCCUUAUGCUGCUGUCAAUGAUGUCCUGACUACGUUGACCCAUGAGCAUACACAGGCAAGGAAUAUGGUGGUAGAAGUGGAACAUGGGGAUUGCGGUCCCAUCAAGCUGGUCAACACACCGAUCAAAUACUCCCACAGUAAGCCGAGAGUACGAACACCACCACCGACUCUCGGACAAAAUACCAAUGAGAUCUUGAGAGAGCAUCUUGGUAUGGAUGACAACCAAAUCCAAGCACUGAGAGAAAGUGGUGUGGUUAGAUAGAGACGACAUGAGCCACCCAUUCAUAUAGUUUUCUCAUAGAUUUCUUUGAACAACCCGUGAGGUCCGGCUUGUCAAAUCAGGAGGCGUGUAAAAGUUCAUGAUGGCCUCGCGGGUUAGGGUAAU